AAUGAAACCACUAAACCACGUGCAUUGUAAUUUGUAAUUUGUGUUUUGUAAUAUCCUACUAUGAUUAUACCAAACUUUCGAAUAAUGAAAUAAUGUCCAUAAUUAAUGUUAUUUUUUGUUACUAUGUGAAUUUGUAAAACUUGUACAAUUUUUAUAGUGAAUUAUCAGGCAUUCUACAAUUCACUAAUAUCAGAAGAAUUUAUUGUUCUUUCAAAUAAUAAUGGUAAAUUGAUUUGAUUUUAUUUCUGUAAAAUACCUACAUUUUAAAUAUUAUAAUACGUAGAAAUCACGCGUACGACGAAUUUAAGUGUGAUCCACUUUAAAACUCUUCGAUCGAUUUUGAUAAGAUAAUACUCAAUGUGAGUGAUUCGAUCCAACUUAAAAGUUAGCGUAGUCUUCAUCUCGAUUAAUAACUUAGAAGUAGGUGCAAUGGGGUAUAAAAGGUUCUUAGGUAUCUAUUUUUGGUAUGAAAAUUAUAUUAUUUUUGUUGAAUUAUGGGUUACUAUUGUUAUACAGAUUAAAUAAAUAAUAAACAGAAAUAAAAAUGCCAUAACAAUUUAAAAUAAAGGGUCUAUCUGACUGUCUGCCUGCCUAUUAUUUGCCUAUUAUUUACUAUGUGCUGUAGAGGGUGGUUAAGUGAAAAGUGAAAACACAUAAAACAUCAUCUUUGAAUCUUUGUAUUUUUUGGUACAGUGACAACAUUACAUUACUAUAAUACUAUAAUGUCCUCAUAAUUUUAGAACACUUUUAGUUCAUCACUGACCUACAUUCCACCUAUUUUUUUUCCGUUCAAUACACUUAUACGGGCAAAUCAAAACAAGAAUAAAGGUAAAAAAAAAAAUGAAAAAUUGGUUGGCACGGGCACUAUAUUUUGUAUAGGUAUUAGUUAUGUUCAUAAUAUAAAUUGAAAUUGUAAUUAAUCUUGUGUUUUUAAUUUUAAAUUUUAGGGUAAACCAAAGCCAUCUGUGCUGAAUGUGAAUCAUCCAAAUAGUAGGAAAACAAAACAGUUGAUUAAAACUAAACACAAGUAAUAUACUAUAUACCUUUUAUCAUAAAUGUGUUAAUAUACCUUUUAUUAAAAUUUAUAAUCUUUGAAAAAAAUAAUAUGACCUUGUUUUUAAGUUUUUUUUUAAAUUUUUUGUAGUAAUACAAACGUUGAACAACAUUACAUUGUGCGUUUAACGUAUAGUACACUUCCGGUUGAAAAAAUAACCGAAAGUCCAGUAGCAACAGGUGACCCAUCUAAAUGGGUACAUUCAUUAUCUUGGAAAGUAUUAACUUCUUUUCAGAAUUUGAUUUCUAGAACAUUUAAGAAACAAGCAGCUCUACAAUUUUAUAUUUAUGUUAUUUUUUUUUUCACCCUUAUUUUUUGGGGUAAAACCAUUACCUACUUUUGAUUUUCAAAUGGUAACCUUUAUUUAAAAUUCGAUAAAUAGAUGGAGUAUUAAUUAAAAUAAAUUUAUUGUUGAAACUUUUGAUUUCCGUCAAUCUGUUGACUAGAUAUUCCACUUUUAAGUUUGUGUUGGAGAAGAGUAGUGGUGCAUUAUUAACACACUGAGUACUGUACCACGACACAAAUUAUACUUUACUACUCACUAUACAUAUUUGCAAUUUAAAAUAGUUUUAAAACUUGUCUAUUUCCCCUUUCCAAUUUUUUAGUACAAAUUAUCUAUAUAAAAAAAAGCUUCUGGUUUCCCCUAUUUAGAGUGCAAGCCAAUGAUUUUUUUUUUUUUAAAUUUAUGCCAUUAAACUGAAUGAAUAUUACCUUGAACUACAUGCCUUCUAAUAAUUACUAAUUAUAGAUGUAUAAUGUGGUAAAAUCAUAUUGUUAUUGUUAUUUAAUAGGGUGAAUUUCUCAUGUUUUUCAACUGGUUUUUUAGUAUAACUUCUAAAAUAAAAGCAAUAAUUUUCUAUCAUUUUCAGAAUUAGUAUAUUUAGAGAUUUAGUGCUCACAUAUUAAAAAAAAAAAAAUCAAAAAAUGAGUAGGUACUAAACUGCCCCAAUGCUACAAUUCAUUAUUAUCUUAAAAAAAACAUGUUUGUUGUUUAUAUACAUAUUUUAAAAAAUAUAUAUAUGUUUUAGCAUUGCAUUUCGAGACAAAAAGAAGCUUGUAAAUUUAGCUAAGCCGAGUUUAUUGUGUGAAAAAUUAAUUUGGUUUAGGGAUAAUGUUGAUAACACCAUUGAAGAAUACACACAGGAUACAUUUAUAUUAUUAAUUGAAAAGUAUGUAUUAUAACUUUUAAAAUCAUAUUAAACUUAUAAUAUUUAAUAAUUAUGCACUAGGUAAUUAAUAAUUACUAAUUAAUGAGUGUAAAAACUCGAUAAAUGUGUACACUGUAUGACAUUCAAUUUAAUUCUGAAUUUAAGUGAACAGUGUGCACUGACUGCAUUGCUAAACUCAGCUUUGCAAUUUUACAAAUAUUCCUAUGUAAAACAAACAAUACAACAAUAUAUUUAUCAUUUACUUUUCCACGGUUAACCCCAUUCAUAAUAAUUUGUAUUCAAUAUGAAAAAUCAAAUGUUGUAGAACUGUUGUACUCUUUCAAUUCUAGUACAUGUUAAUUGUCAUCAACCCUGUUAUCAACUCAUAAUUGUUAUUCAUUUAAAAAUGCAAUAUACUUAGUCCAAAACUUAUAUUACCUUGUAUUAAUCUUAUAUUAAUAAUAAUAUAAUAAUUUUUAAAUGAUUAAGACACUAUUUGUAUUCAAUGAUCUAUUUUUUCCAAAAUAAAAUUGCCGAGACAAAUUAAUAAUUUCCUAUUUUGGUUCUGAUUCUAAAAUUAAACAUACAUUUAUAGUGUGUAGUAUAUUUUACUUAAUAAAUACAUUUUCAAUAAUAAAUUACAGAAACUUAUUUUGCUUGUUUAAAAAAAGUAAAAAAUACUUUAUUCCAAGUACUUAUGUAAAUUAUUUUGAAUCUUGAAACAUUUACAAUAUAUAUAAUGUAUAUUUUAGAUAUCUUAAACGUUUUGAACAUGAAAUGAGUAUAAUCAAAGGAAGACAUAAAGAUAAGAAUAACAGGCGAUUUGCUAGUCGAGAGGAUAUCAUUAGACAUACAAUGGAACGAGAAAGAGAAGAAUAUAAUACUGCUGGUAUAGGUAAGUUUGUUAAAGAUAUGCAUUUAUUUCUUUCUUUUUUUUGUUGUAAAUAAAUAAGUAAAAUAGUUAGUUAUGGUUUACAGUGUUAUCUUCAGUAAAUGUGUUGUCAAUGGUGUUCAGUCCAAAAUUAUAUUAAAAUAUCAAAAAUAAAUAAACACUCAUGUCACCAAUACAACUUGCAUACCUUUUUACAAAAAUAAAUUAAUAAUAAAUUUUUCAAUUAUUAUUAUUUUCUUUUUUUUUGAAGUGUGACUACUAUCAUUCCUUUUGCAACUGUCUAUGAAUGAAGAAGUUUCAUUUGUUUUUAUUUUAUAUUGUUAUUUCACCAAUUGAUUCGAUUGUUAUGACUAAUAUGUCAGACUGCAAUACAAUAUUCAGUAUGGUUUACUGCUUGCUACUGUGAAUGCUUAAUCUUAUUUCUACCUUUCUUUGAAUGAAAAACAAAUUUCACACAAACACAUUGUUGUGCAUUUUCCCUAAUGUUACAUAAUUCUUAAGUAAUCAUCAAUUAUCAGUAUAUCCAACUUUACCAAAUAGUUACAUUUUGAAGUGAUGCUAAUAAUAAUUAUUGUAUACACAGUUAAUUAACCGCUAUAGUUAACAUAAAGAAAAAUAAACAAAUUCCAAUAUCUAUUGAUUGGGUCUUGAAAGGAUUCUUUCAAUAAUUAAUUAAUGUCUCAAAUAAUGUAUAUUAUAAUUAAAUAAUAAUUGUUAAUUUGAAAACAUUUGUAUUAUUGAAACUCAUAAAUACAAAUUUCACUUUAAUGAUAUAUAAAUAUCAGUUUUUUUAAUCUAGGUAUAAUAUUGUUAUUUUUUAUAAUAUUUGCAUACAUGUAAACAUACACACAUAAUGUUUAUAUAUUACAUUAAAUAUAUUUUAUAUCAAUUUAAUCCAUGUUAAGUCUAUUUUUCUGUAUUCAAUCUAUGAAAGUAAUUUAAGUUAAAAGUAAUCUAAUAAUAGAUUUAAUUUUAAUACAUUUACAUUACAAUACAAUUUAAUAUAAUCUGACUGUUGACUGUUAUACUUCAUUGUACUGUCCUUUUAAUGAUGUAAACACAAAAUGAAUAACUACAUUGAUUUAAAUUAUUUUUAUAGAAGUGCCAAACCUAUUUGAUGCCAGUCAACUAUUGUAUUUGCGUACCUGGGAUGGUGACAUAAGGUAUCUACCGAAUUUCAAAAUAAUUCGUAUAAGUUGUCCAAAGUAAUGUAGUUGAAAGUAAUGUAACUGAAAUAAGUUUUAUAAUUGUAAAUUAAAUAAUUAAUUAGUAAAUUAUUUUAAUAUUUUUAGUUAUAAUUCUAUUUAUAAAAUGCAUUGUUUUAUUUUGGUAAAAUAUAUAAUUAUGAUUAAUAUUUUUUUUUUCAUAUUACAUAAUACAUUAUAAUAUUCCCAUUAUCUAUUAAGGUUAGAGCUCAGUACUUUGCUGUAUAAACAUCUCUGCUGUCAAAGUGACGUGAUUAGUAAACUAAUAGCAUUAAAAGUAGAUGGUCCACUUUUAAUAUGUAAAGUAUGAGUACAAUACAGUAAUUCAACAGUUCUCAAAUUGUGGUAUGAAGUAGGCAACAUUGUGGUACACAGAAAACUACAUUGUAGUAGCAGUGUCCAAUAAAAUAAAAUUUUAUUUGAAGAACUUGGUCUCUUUAUUUUUUUGAUAGAGGAAACCGUUUUCAUAUUUGUUAAAAAACUGAAAACAAGCUUAAUAUUACAUUUAAAAAUAGGGUUGACUAUUAGCAAUGCUUAUAGUUCACUAAUCAUACCACUUUGACAUAUGCACACCAAAUCAAGCUCCAACCUUAUUAGAUAAUCGUACCCAAUGACAGAAAAAUUGUAAAUGAAAACAUUCUAUUUUUCAAAUCAAUGUAAAUUAAUUUUAAUGAUUUUACUUUUAUAAAAUAAAUUUGUUAAAAUAUAUACAAGUUGAAUGGAU